CAUACAUCAGCUCACCCCGUUCCACAGACUUGCUUCCAGAAUCAUCGAUGGCCUCUCCCGUUUAACCCUAUCCGCGCGAACGAUUCUCCGGCCAUCACCGGUUAGUUUCUCCAUCGAUCCUGCUCUCUCAUCCCCCGGUUUCUUCGGUCUGCUGCGCAUCUCAUGGCCGGUUGGUCCUCGCAUCUCACGGCCGGCUGAUUCUCGCAUCUCACGGUCGAUUUUAGAAUUUUUUGGCGUAUCAGGGACAAAAAAAUAGCAGUGUAGAAAUUGCAAUAAAACUAAUUCAGAAGGAACUUAUUCGGAUAUGAUAUCAACAAGAAGGGCACCCCUCGAGGAACCAUUAAAGUCCAGAGUCGCUGGGGAUUGUUGUUGGGAUUGUUUUCUUGAUCGUGGCUAUCUUGUUUCAAUAUUUUAACUUCACAGCGGAUUCAACUGAAUUGAGAGAUGGAUAGGUCUUGGAUAAAGGAUGGGAACAAGUUGUCUGAAGAAUAUAGAAAUGGAGUUGAUGAGUUCUUACAAUUUUCUAUGCUUAACUCAGAAAAUAGUAGAUCAAUUAGGUGUCCGUGUAGAACAAUUUGAGCAGGUUUCAAAUUCAGUUGUUGAAAUUUGGGCGAGGUAAUAAGUUCCCGUUUGGUAUAUAUUGCAUUUAGUUGCAUUCAAAUCAUUAUUGUAUUACAGUAUUAAGCGGUAAGAGUAUCUUAUUAUAAACAUCAAAAUGAAUGAACUUAAUUCAACUUGAUGAGUAAUAACUUAAUAGGUACUUGCAUGAGAGAAUGGAGGCUGAUGGAGGGAACAUGCCAGUUCAGUUUGGUACUUCUGCUGCCAUAACAAUACCAAAGAGGGCAUCACACCAAGCUGUUACUAGGAGGUCACAACACAUAGCUGAUCUUUUGGAUAUUUCCUUGCUUGGACAAAUGACUUUAAUCCCCUAUAAUACCGGGAAUCAUUGGGUGUUGGUCGCCAUCGACAUGGCGGCUGAAACGAUUUACUACCUAGAUUCCUUGGGACGAAUUCCAUCGAAGGAUUUGGAGGAAAUCGUGAAUCAGUUAAGUUACAUAGGCCCUUUAAAUGUAAAUCUUGAUUGCAUGUACACUUUAUGAGAAAAUAUCGGAUCAGUUGAAUUUUAAUAAUGAUUGUGUUUCCUUUUCAGAGGAGUUGAGUGUGGUUACUUUGUGAUGAAGUACAUGAAGGAUAUUGUAUCAGACAUGAAUCUUUUGAAACGCAAUUAAUUAAUUAGUGUAUCUUGUAAUCAUAGUAAGUGCUAAUUAAUUUAAUUUUACAUUGAAGUUCUGUACCGUCAAGGAGUAUACUGAAGAUGAUAUUUUACACGUGCGUGAGGAGUGGGCUUUGUAUGCUGUUACUCUGAUAAAAAAUGUGCAAGCGGAUCCUACAAAGGCUUGAUGAUAUGCAAGGGGAUAACUAAACAUUGGUACCUGUUGGGAAUGUGACUUGUUUGUAUUUUAGCAUCUUCAAUGAUGCUUGCUAGUAGUUAUUUUGCUGAAUUCAAUAGCCGGUUUUUUGUGGGAAUAUUGUUGGAAUUUUGCUACAUCUUUUAUCCGGCGGUAGGACAUGUAAUUGAACAAGAAUGUGAAAGUGUUACUUAAUAUUAUAUGUUAAAUGAUGUGUUUUGGGUAUUCAUUAAUUUUUGGAUGUUAUGAGACAGAUGAUUGGUAUCUAGUCUUU